AUGUCUACAAUUACAAGAACAGAAAUGUUCUCAAAUUAUGAGGAUAAUAAUAAAUGUCCUCAAUUACAAGGACAGAAAUGUCCUCAAAUUACGAGGACAGAAAUGUCCUCAAUUAAGGACAAAAAUGUCUUCAAUUACAAGGACAAAAUUGUCCUCAAAUUACAAGAACAGAAAUGUCCUCAAAUUAUGAGGAUAACAAUGUCCUUAAUUACAAGGACAAAAAUGUCCUCAAAUUAUAAGGACAAAAAUGUCCCCUCAAUACAAGGACAGAAAUGUCCUCAAUUAAAGGGACAAAAAUGUUCUCAAUUACAAGAACAAAAAUGUCCUCAAUUAUAA